GCGGCAUCGAUGGACACUGCCUGGAGCCGCCGCAUGUACCACUGCGCGCCGCGACCCAGCGUCCUCGACCCUUGCAUCGUCGACCGUAUUCUUCAGUUUGUUGCGAGCCCCGUCCUGCUCUUUGACGUGGCGAGCCUCCUGCCUCGCAGCUGCCUCAGCAGCGGCCUCGACGCGCUCCUCGAGCUCUCCAACGCACAGCCCGACAAGCAUCUUUGGCCCGUGCUGCAGCUCCGUGCAGACACCUACGAGCUGGGUCUCCGACCAGCACUCCGCGACGCGCUCGGCUUUGUCGGUCAGUGUUCGAUCGAUGCGAGCGCCAACCCCGAGCAGUGGGCGGACGUGCUCUGGCCCAGCACCCAGCUCCACAUUGCCAACAUCAAGACGCCACUGCCGCCAACGCUGGCAUUUUUGACCAAGCACAAGCAACAAAUUCAAAGCGUCGAGGUGCAUGACGUCGAGGCGCGCGGCCAGCAAUCAAGCAUCGUGAGUCUUCUCAAGUCGAGUGUAAGCUUGCGUUGCGUCACCAUCUACUGGUACGGCAAUGCAAAGCAGCUCAACGCGUUUUGCAAGGCGGUUCUCGACAACGCCGGCGUCGUGGACGUGCGCCUCGUCAACGGCGAGACCCCUGCGAUUGAGCUGGACGACUCGUUUGCUGACGUGCGCGACGACAUUCCACUGCCAAUACCUGCGACCAACUCGCUUUUUUCAACGAUCAGGAAGACUCGGCUGCGUGCGCUUGCGCUCAACGGCCUCGGCUUUGACGAGACGAAACGCAAAGCAUUUGAGAAACUCAUGAUGUCGAAGAACGGCCUCGAGACGCUCGAGCUCGUCCGGUGCCACGACAUUGUGCCCUCGAGCUUUCACACGUUCUUGUUCUCGCAGACGCUGCGCGUGCUACGCGUUACCAGCGCGAGCCUCAUGCGAGAAGACUCCUUUUGUGCCGCACAGGGGUCCAGCGUGCACACGCUCGACCUCUCGGGGCAGUAUAUCGACGAGUAUGACAUGCUUCGCCCCAUGCUUCGUGGCGUGGCCCAAAUGAAACAUCUCCGACGACUACGUCUCAGUCGAGUCGGCCUGAACGACGAAGCCAUUGGCUGGGUGGUCCGCGCACUGCUGCCAACGCGCGUCCAAGAGCUUGAUCUCAGCGGCAAUCAGAUCGAAUGUGCCGACAUCAAGUACUUUGCGCGGACACUACCGGAGUGGCGGACUCUCGAAGGCUUGAACCUCUCGGGCAACCAAAUCUGGGAUGAUGGCGCGAGCCAGCUCUUUGCGGUACUGCCAUACGCGCUGCCGGCAUUCCAGCGCUUGCAAUUGUUUGAAAAUUACCUCAGCGACCGCGCCGUCAUGGCGCUAGCGUCAGCGCUGCCGUAUCUGCAGCACAUGGCCGAGAUCGACGUCUCGUACUGCGGGCUCCGCAUCGACCACGUCAAGGCACUCAUCAUCGCCUUGUCCCGCGCUCGGCGCCGGGUCCGGCUGAACGUGUUCAAUUCUUGCUGGUCCGACGACGAGAUCUUACAAGUGUGUGCAAUGGCUCGUAGCGCACGCCUCAUGGCGACGUAUCGAACCCACGCGGAUGUUCCGUCGUCGCGACAAAAACAUCAUUCCAAGAAACACGAAACCUAUGCGCGCCUUGACAUAUUUUAGACAAGUAUACGUAAAAUGACUAUAAAUCGAGUGUAUAUGACGAGUAC